GUGCGUGCCGCCGUUGAUCCGGUGCUGCAGUGAGGAGGUGGUUCUCGCCCGUGUUGUGUGUAUGUGUGUGUGUGUGUGUGUGUGUGUGUGUGUGUGUGUGUGUGAGUGAGUGAGUGAGUGAGAGAGCGAGUGAGUGAGUGAGUGAGUGUGUGUGUGGGGGGGGACUCGGCUUGUUGUUGUCGGUGACUUCCCCCUCCCCUGCACCCCUCCCCCUUCCCCGCCGCCGCUGCAGUGGCCGCUCCCUGGGCCGUAGGAAAUGAGCGAUAACGAUGACAUCGAGGUGGAGAGCGACGAAGAGCAACCGAGGUUUCAAUCUGCGGCUGACAAACGGGCUCACCAUAACGCACUGGAACGAAAACGUAGGGACCACAUCAAAGACAGCUUUCACAGUUUGCGGGACUCGGUCCCAUCACUCCAAGGGGAGAAGUCCGUGCACUGGAGAAGGCGAGGUCGAGUGCCCAACUGCAGACCAACUACCCCUCCUCAGACAACAGCCUCUACACCAACGCCAAGGGCAGCACCAUCUCUGCCUUCGAUGGAGGCUCAGACUCCAGCUCGGAGUCGGAGCCCGAAGAGCCCCAAAGCAGGAAGAAGCUCCGGAUGGAGGCCAGCUAAGCUCCGCGGGGCAGGCCAGCAAUACAAACUGUCUGUCUCCUCCAUCGUCCCAUCCUCCUUUCAGUUCAUCCUUAGAACCCUCAGAACCAUUUAAGAGACUCUUUUUUUCCUCUUUUUUUUUUUUUAAUUUUAUUUUUACGUAGAAGCUCUUGGACAACAGCUCUCGUUCUCCUUCCCCAUUUCCACCAGUUUUUUUUAAUGUUUCCCUUCAGGGAUUCCCUGUCCCCACCAGGAAUUUUUAAACCAAAAUACCCCAACUUGGCAGCUUUUUCUGUGGAGGACAGACGGCCGGCCGGACCUCUGAGCACAUGGUGUCCUGACCACCCACCAGCUCCUCCAGCCCUGCUGGGCACGUGCCCGAAGGACUCCUGUCCCUCCCAGGCCACCCUCACCUCCGUUUGAUAGACUUUGUGAAUCUGUGGACUGCUCUACUUUAAGAAGAUGACCGGUUUGGAGUAAUCAGAAUUAAUCCCCCUUCUUUUUAAGGAUUUUUUUUUUCUAAAAAGCUAUUUAUCGCUCCUUUUGAAAGGCCAGAUCCUUGAAGAAGUUUGUGGUAUAAAAACAAGUGGGGACAGAUUUGCAGCACAGUCCUUGGCCUGUUUCACUCCUGCUUCUCUCAGCCAGCUUUAGGGAGGGCUGCGUGACACUUGUGUGGUAUGUGGGGGACAGCGGGCAGCAGUGAAGUGGUAGCCUCCAGGGGGUGGUAGGGGGCGGGAUAAGGAGGGAGGAGCGGGUCAAGUAGAGGUUUUGUAUUGAUGGCCAGUGAUAAUGUUUUGAUAUUUAUUUCCUGCUACUGAAAUUUGAAUCUGAGUGAAUUGUCCCUAUUUCUGAUGAUGUCGGUAUUGCAAAGCGACAGAUUCAUAAAGUAAUGAUCAAAUCUUCCUUUCUUUUCGUGUGUAUUUCUAAGAAAUAGAGCCAACUGAUUUUGUAUGUAAAUACCAAGAGCAAUUUACCUGGUACUAAACCCGCACCCCAGUGCGGACCCUUCCCCACCCUGACCCCGUUCCUGUUCAACUGUCCUGGGGCCCGUUCCCAGGCUGUGAUCCAGCCCUGGUCCUGGCUGCGGUCAGCAGAUCCCAGUGAAGGGUUUUGUGUGUGUAGGCCUCAUUUCUUUGUCUUUUUCCUACUCCGUUCCUGGCAUUUGCUGAUUUCUAGUGUGUAGUCAGUCUCAGUCCGUGUUUGAUUCCAUUCCAUGGAAAUAAAAAGUAUGUUGUACAUACUGCCCAAGAAUUGUCUUGCAAGUUAAGGCUUUCCCCUUUACUAUAAGACUAUAAAUAAAAACUUAUUUUAUCCUUU